UAUUUAUAUCUACUAAUUGCAAGACGAUUUAAUUAGAACAAUCACAACAUUAUUUUUAAUAAUGUCUUGUAAAAAGUUAAAUAACAGUUUUUUGUGUGUGAUUUUUGUGAUAUUUUUACAAUGUCUGCUUAUUAAUAAUGUUUCUGGGAUAAGAUGUUUUCAAUGUAGUUCCUUGAAUGACUCUAAAUGUGCUUUCCUUACCCAAGACGAUAUGGACAGUCCUUAUUUAGUAGAAUGUCCACCAUUUUAUCAAGAUUUUUGGAAUGACGAAAAACAUGAAAUGUUUUGUCGAUUAAUGGUACAAACCGUUAAACUAAAUCAGACCAUGACACGAGUGACCAGAGGCUGUGGCUGGGUUAAACACCAUAAACCUUGUUAUAGAGUAAUUUCUGAAGUUAAAAAAGAACAAAUCUGUCAAUGUUUUGAAGAUGGUUGUAAUGCAUCAAAAACAUCAAACUUGCAAGCAACUAACAUUACAGCGAUUUUUGCUUUAUGUGCCUUAUUUAUGUCAAAAUAUUUUUAUUAAAUUUAUUU